GUGUAGUGAUCGAUGACUCAUUGGAUUCGAUAAAAAGAACAGCGACAAAUUAAAAGUUGAAGAAGUCAAUAAACGAACAGUUCAGAGCUAUAUCGACCGACAAAGUAACCGGAGGGUGUACAUCAUCAUUCAGCCAGGUCCGAGCGGCGUCAUACUUUCUCACGAAAUCAUUUUUAACAUUCUCGAAGCGGUGACACCGCGUAGAGGAGAAGGGAGAACAGAGAGAGAGAGAGAGAGAGAAAGAGAGAGGAGAAUGGAAUGGGGUAUCUCGGCGAUUUUGAGCAGUACAAACAUCAAUUUCGGUCCUGGGGGCGUGCAACACGGGACGCAAAAAGAAAAUCUCGAAACGGACGUAGAUCUCUACGUGGGAUCAGGAACAAGCUCCAAGGCGCCCGUUCAAUUUUUCUUCCGCCAAGGGAACUCCCGCCUCUUCCACUUGCGUACGCGUAUAUAUGUAUGCUGCCUAUGCAUGUGUGUAUACGCGCGUACACACCGCCGUCCCCAUAGCUCACGACACGGAUUCGAGGGAAUAACCAUUUUUCUUCGUUGCGUCCGAGGCGCUUCUGGGGUCAAUAGACGGUCGAUGCAACCUGUUGCGAUAAAGUUGUUCCGGCGUUCAGAUCGAGUCGAACGAGGACGCCAGUUGAACGAGGUCACAAGGAAUAAAGUUGUCGAGACACAACCUCAGGAACACGAUUCCUUCAUAUGAUCUCCCACGACUCGAGACAUCUUGCACGGAAGAAGACCAAGGAAAAAAAAGAGAAGGAAAAAGAAAGAAGGAAGAAAAAAGAACAAAAUAAAGAGAAAAAAACAAUCCAAAUAAAAGAAUGAAAAGGAACGACCAUAGAAGCAGAUCAAUGGGUCAACCUGUCGCAAUAAAAAUCUCGUGGCUACCUGAGUAAAGCGAAGUAACGGGGUAGGUGGCAGUUUAACCAUCGUGUUCAGGAUCGUCGGUGGCAUAAUCAGGAUGCUAGAGUAGCGCUACCUGGAUGUCGGUGAUGGCGGGGGCUGAAAGGAGCGCCAUCGAGGAAGGAAGGAAGAGAAGGAACGCGCGUGAUGUCCGCAAGAAAGCGAGGUAAAAGGUGUCGCGGUGGGCCUGCUGCAUGCGGGCACGCGUUAGAAUCCGAUUGUGUCCCGGAAGGGAAGAAGGAGAAGAAGAAGAAGAAGAAGAAGAAGGGCAGGAAAAAAAAGGAGGCAAGUGGAAGAACUGCGGCCUCAGAGACGGAGACGGAAAAAAGGGCAGUGGGUAGGAAAGGAGAAGAAAACGGAACGGGUGGCCGGCCAAACGAACCCUUCCUCCCAGCUCGACCAGCCCCGCUGGACUUUAAUUCCUGCUAUUAUUGAAAUACGUGGCCGCCACGUGCCACGGGGCGACUGCUCUUUCCUUCCUACCGUUUCAGCCCACAGCGUCAAGGGAGAGUUCUGCACGCGAAAAUCGGAACGCGCACACACGGCUGGAAUGUGACUUGCCGCUCGAGGUAUACGUAUACCUGAGACCCCCUGGAUGCUCCUCCUCGAGGAUAAACUUUCUUCGUUGCUACUCGUCUUACCGGAUACCGUCUUAUAGGCACCAUUGAAUUACAUGUAAAUGUUUUCCGUGUGUAAUUGUAAAGAUAUAGAUACAUACUUACGAAAUAUAAUAUAUUUUACGAAUAUAUUAUACGCGUGAUACGAAACAUUUCGAAAUUUCUGACUUUGAAAAUAACUUUUAUCAAAUAAAUUAAUGUCUAUGGUAUUGUAAACAGUCUGAGCGUUCGAUGUUACGCGUAUA